UUCAUGCACACGAUCUUUGAUUUGCGAACAGGAAGCGAGCAGCAGGUACCACAGGAAGCUGUUAGCUCUGUGUGAAGAAGAAAAAAGAAGCUAGCGGCUUUCAAACUGCUGGAACCCAAUUCAUCAAAUACAAGAAAAUACACAGCACAGCCAGAUCUCUUUCAUCUUCAGCUAAAAUGAGCGCAGCUGUACCCAACCAUCGAAGGACCAAACCUGGAGGCAUAAAGCCCGGGGCUGCCAACAGCGGUGUUACUGGACCAACCUCCCAGAUUCCUGGUCUCUGCCAAAGUGCCACCGAUAGCGCAGAGGUGGAGAGGAGCACCGGGCGACGAGUGGGAAUAUUUGAGACCGACUCAGAGUACGUCAAGUUGGCGAAGCAGGGAGGACAUAAAGGCCUGUUGAGUCACGAUGCUGAUGCUGAUGACACACCGAAGACGGCCUACAACCCGCCCAACUGGUUCGCAGAUGAUGAGUCAAAGAGCGGAAGUAAUGCAUCGUCCCCUGACAGCCAGAUGAAGGCGGGCAGGCAGCUUCUGGCUGCUCCGUUUGGCACUGAUAACAAUUCCGCCUGGGAAAGAGAGACUGAUAGGUUUUCCCAUGGUAAAGAGAAGAUGUCUCCAGAUGAUGCAGUUCAGCAGAUGGAGGGUCUGUCCAUGACCAACAAGUAUAAAAGAAUAUCCUACGAUAAGAAAGCUCCUCCGGUCAGUAUGUCCAAGCUGCUCAGUCACGGCUACAUGGAGAAGAAGAAGUCUGGCAAUGAUGACGAUGCUUCAAGUGUGACCUCAGAACACACCACCACCGUCAUGACGGAGGAUGUGGAUGAUCUGGAGUAGUUCACUUGGGUUCUGCUUUGCAGGAAAAAUGGGGCUGUUCAUUAAGGUUAUUUUUUCCCCCAAUAAGGGUGUGAAUACAUCUCUCCACCCUCUUCUGUUUUACUCAUGUUUAUUGUAAAUCCACUGACUGUUAGGUUUUUGUACUGAUGUUUCUGCAACAGUGCUGUUUCAAUUAUUUAUUGAUUUAAUUUGUAUAGAAAGAAGAAAGAGAAACACAUGUUUCUGAGUAGAUUAGUCGGUGUUGGUGAGAUUUUUACUUUUAUUUCUGUGCUCGAUUUGAAAGCAGGGCUGGAAUCUAUCAGCGGCCGGUUCAUUUGCAGUUUUUACUUUUGAGCCCUGUUGCUGCUUGCGUCCCGCCCUGGACGUAUGAAGAUCGGCUUGGUGAAGUUUAAAUGUCUGUGCUGAUGACUCGUGGUUCCAGUGACGUGAAGUAUUAUUUGCUCCCGCUGUCCUGAGCUCGGUGUGUGUUUCUUCGGCUGAGGCGGCGAGUACGAUCACUUGUUGAGACAGGAACCCUGCAGCUGCGAUCACAUGACAAAGUGAGAACUGACGGCCAGAGUCGCUGUGGAUUGUUUGGGUAAAAAGGAGCCCAGUGUUUAUUAUUUCCUUUGAUCCUACUAAUAAUUCUGUUUUUAAACUUUUAAAUUUGAGAAAUGUAAGGCCUCACUGCUGUGUUUAACUGCCAAAAUAAUAAGAAUAAAUCAGACAAAGGUGCCAAGCAUGUUUCGCUGUGAAAUCACUACAUUCACCUUCAGCCAAGAUUAAAACAUGUUCGUUUUCAGUCUGUAGAUGUUCUGUAGGAUUUUAGCUUUUUGCGUUUCAUGUCUUCGCAUUCACUGAAAAUCUCUAAAUCUACAGUAAAAUCGUCUUCAAAGUUUUAAAAUUACGGUGCGGUUUCAACAAACGCUGACACCUUGCUUCUCUUUGACACAAAUCUUUAAAAGCAACAGAUCAAAUCCAUUAGAAAUAUUCCUGGAUGGUGGAAGCUGUUUUAAAGUGUGGGCAAAGUGCCACUGGAGACAAUAGAGAUCAACUGUUCCUCCUCUUUUUGUCCCAUUACUUUGACUGCCAGGACAUCAGGAGGUAAUGGUGUCACUUUAUGAACGCCUUCGCCUUGAGUCAUCUAAUAGCAGGAAAUUUAAGGCACGACUGAGCUGUGAGUGUAAAAUCCUAAUCCCACAAGGAUAUUCGUCAAGAGAGAUAUUCCUUAAAAAUGAAUGGAUCGCUGUGAUGUGUUGAAAUAAACCCAACUAAUUACCUACUCACAGAACCAGAAACCCCUACAAGAAAUCUGCAACUCAGCUGUUUUGUUGUUGAAAUGUAUUUUAUCUAUGUGGUAUGAGAAAUGGUGACACUGGAUUUUACUUUGCAGUACGAGGAGCUGAGAAUGUAUUAUGUUCUGAUCUUUCCUUUGAGGUACGGGUUUAUUAUUUAUGAACUGUUAAAUAUUCAGGUAAACAGUGUUCUGUCGUGUUUCUGAGUUCACGAAGCAGCCGUAGGAACCUUUAGUGGCUUAACUUUUCCAAACGCUCGGUUCUUUUUGCUUUUUCUUGUUAAAUCAUAAAGCUGUGGUUUGAAAAUUACAAAUAUGCCGAAUGAGACCGAGAAUGCAGCGUUUUAAGUGAGGAGCCCCCCUCCAUCUCAAUUGUCAGUGUGUAACUCUGCUUAUGUUGAAGACUGCUCUCACAGUAUUAAUUGUCACUUCAAUAAAUGAGCAUGUGCAUGUUCA